UACUAUUAAAUCAAUUUUUUGCACACAGAUUCUCUAUAUUACACAUUAUUUUACAAAUACGGCAAAAAAUGUGAAAAUUUACUUAAUCGUUUGUCUAAUAUAUUUAUUUUAAAAACAGUGUAUUCAACUGCACUUUUCAGUCAACUCUAUAGUUAAAUGCAUAUGAUGUGGCGCUAAUCAAAAUGUCACAGACUGGAGCGAUCGUCUAGCCAGGGUAUAUGUGUGCGUGUGUGCGUGCGUGCGUACGUGUGUGCAUGCAUUUAGUGUAUUGGAAGUAGAAAGAGAGCAACAGAGAGAAUAGAGGGGCAAGAAUAGAACUGGGUUUGGCAAGCGUGGUGAUUUUACACCUACCUUUUAACCGGACCGUGGCCGAUUGUAUUGUAUCCGUUUCACGAUACGUAUCAUGCUUGGCCCAGGUGGUUUCCCUAAGAAACGUGUAUUUCUGUUUUACAUAUUAUUGCAACAUUUUAUCAUUGCUGUGACGGAGUCAUUCAACAACAUUCCGUACGACCGAAGCUAGUUUCCAAUAAAGUGUAGAUAUAAAAAUAUGAAAUUACGGAAAGUUGUGAUAUGUAUGUCGUAAAAUUGGAACGUCUAACGACUUAAUAAAACAUUCUGUUUUUACAAUUACACACCGUCUUGAGGAACCCUAAAUUUUUAAGAAUGACUUAAAUGGAUUGUGAUCAUCAUUAAAGAGCUUCAAUGCGCGAUGUUGAAUAUUAUAUUAUGCUGGAUAUGUUGGCUGUUUUGGGCGGGUCUACCGACACUUACCGCUUAUCCUGUAUCGUCUUCAAUACGUACAGAUUUUCCAUACAUCUAUACAUCAUCAAAAUGGGAACGAUAUUGGAUACAGUAUACAAUUGGACUUUUAAGCGUGACUGCUACAGCAUUUACUUUAGUUGGAUGUCUUUGUUGUCGAAGGCCAAGACGACCUAAAGGAUUUCAGGACAAAGCAGAAAAGUGCAAACAGGAGUUCAAAGAUGGGAACAACAUUGGACAGGAAUCAACGUUUGAGCACUCUGUCGAAGGUUUAGAGUUAGAUGUUCCACGCAUGUUAGCUGUUGCAGACAGAGUACAGUUUGAACCUAUACCUGUAGACCAUAUUAUAUCUGGAUCUAAAAGUUCUUCAAAAUUUAAGCCAUUGCCGCUAUCGUCAUCAUUUUUUGAAGAGCAUGAUUCUGAUUCUAAUGUACUCCCAGAACCUUGUCGUGAAUGGUUUGAGGCACAAGAGUUAUCUAUACCAAGAGAAAAGUUAAAAUACUUAAGGGAGAUUGGUCAUGGUUGGUUUGGAAAAGUUGUAGAGGGUCAAGCAGAUUUAGAAGGCUUUAACAGGACUUCAAAAAAUGGAGGUGUUGUCGUGAGAAUUCUCACAGAAGAAGCUACUUCAAAAGAGAAAGCCUGGUUUCUUGGCGAAGCUACACCAUAUUUAAAAUUACACCAUCAGAAUGUUUUGACUCUGUUAGGUUUUUGCUUAGAAACUGACCCAUAUCUGUUGUUAUUCGAAUCGUGUCCAGUUGGUGACCUCAAAGGUUUCUUGUUAUCAAAUCAUGAUCUGAAAUCUCAAGAAGCCCUUAAUAAAGAAAAUAUUCCAGUUCGCAUGGCGCUGGAUAUCGCAGCGGGUUUAAAACAUAUGCAUAGUCAUGGAUUUGUACACACAGAUUUAUCUGCUAGAAAUUGUUUAGUAGCAUCAGAUUUAUCAGCAAAAUUGGGAGAUUAUGGAACCGGCGUAGAAAAAUAUCCUGAAGAUUAUUACGUGGUCGGAGACCGUGCAUUGCCUAUCAGAUGGUCAGCACCGGAAAGUAUAGAAUGCACUGAUACUACUAUUGAAACAAGAGAGAUUACAUCUCAAGCAAAUAUGUGGAGUUAUGCUAUUUUGCUUUGGGAAAUUGCUACAUGGGGAAAUAGACCGUUCAAUGAUAAGAGUGAUGAACAAGUAAUUCAAAUGUUGCUAUCUUUAAGAACUGAUUUCUUGCCAAACGGUACACAAGUGCUGCAAACCUAUCUAGAAAAUUGUCCAUCAAAUGUAAUCCAAGCAAUUCAUUUAUGUUUGAAUUUAAAUCCACAGAAAAGAUCGAAUUUGGAUGAAGUGAAGCAACUCCUUCUGAACAAUCGUACAGAGUAUUUAGACUUUGAACAAAGAUGGGAGAAAUUGCGGGUUAACAUGACUAAAAAUGUACGUAGUGCUAGCUUACAAGAUCUCAGAGGCAGUAUUGAUUCAGAUUACUGGACUACUAUUAUUGACGAUACAUCGCGUCAAUCGUCAUUUCGUCUUGGGCCUGGUGAAUUAGUGAAAAAUGUACCACACGUUAGAAAUAUUGUGGUUCAUCAUGAAUCUAGUUCUGAAACUGAAGAAGAGAGUUGGAAAGGACGAAUUGAACAAGGAGUUUAUACUGAAAAAGUAAAACAAAAAUCUAAAUCUGUUACUGAUUUAAUGGUGCUUGUACAUAUUGAUCUUGAUUCCGAUGCAGAAUUAUCAAUGGGAGCUCAAAUAUCAGAAAAGCAUACAAAGAAAAAAUUGUCUGCUACUGGUAGCGAUAGUGAUCUUAGACAUAGUACUCGUGUAGAUGAGUUUGAUGAAGCAUUGAGAAAAUUACGAGAUCCUUUACCAAAUAACGCUUCAAGUAAGAUCAAAAUGUUAGAUAAUUCAGAACGGCCAAAAUUGCUGACAUUAACUAUGGAUCAGGGUCAAACGCCAAUUUUAAGGCUAUCUUUAGAUGAUAAAGAACCUACUAUAGAAACUGAUCAUGCACCCAUUGCAAGUACAAGCACGGAAACUCAUAAUAUUAAACAUGUAUUGCGACUUGUAUCAAAAGGAGAUCCUAAUCUUCCUCUUCUUCGUUUUGUACCUGAUAAUACAUCUUCUUUUGAAAUGUUGAAACAAAACGACGAGUCUCAACAUAAUGAUGUAUCUAAACACGAAGACAAUGACAAUACUUGCUUUUCUAAUAAUUUUUCAGUUAAUUUUGAGGCAGACGAAAGCAACUUAGUUGAUGUUAUACUUUGGAAUCAUGCAUUGGAUUCUGCUUUAGAACAGAAAGUACCUGGCUUUUUGUAUGAAGGUGAAUUCAAUGAAUGUACAGAAUCGUCAUCUAAGCGACAAAAUAAUAGUAUGCCAGAAUUAGUUGUAACUACUGAGUCUAUGCCAGAUACAUCAAAAUCUCAUACAAAAUAUUCUGCAUAUAAUGCAGACGAUGAAUUUUCUAAUGGAGGAGAAAUGGACAUAGAACGAAGGUGUUUACCAAAUGAUGAUGAAGAAGAAAGAAAACAAUUAUCUACUCCCGAUGAUGAACAAAGCUCCGAUUCCGGUUUUAGAGAUAAAGAAUCUUGCGAGGAAGAAGAAAAUGUUUGUCCGUCUUCAGCUCCUUUAUCUUCUACUAUUGAUUCUACUACAGUUGUACCAAUGUGUACUGAAGAACAACAGUUACAGGUUUUAUUUGAGCUAGACACAAUUCUUGAUGCCGAGUAUUAUGCGACGAUACAGGGAUCUGAAAAAAUAGCUGAAAAUUUACCCUCGAUUAAAAAUACGGAAAACAGUGUUUUUCAUAUAAAUGAAGAGGAGUCUGGUUCUAUCGAAGCUAUAGCUACUGUAGUUGAAACAGAAAACGACGCUAAGAAAUUAAUGCCAGAAGACGAAAAAGAAACACAGACAAAAAAUACAAUUAGAAAUGAAGAAACGAUUAUAUUAAAAGAUUCAAGUGCCAUUAACUCUAUUUUCCAACAUAAAGAUUCAGUGCAAAAUGAUAUAUUAGUAAAUACUAAAUAUUCCAGUAGAUAUCAAGAAACAGAAGAAUGCUUACAAGAUGGGAACGAAAACGAAAAUGAAGAAAAAGAAAACGAAAAUGAAGAAAAAGAAAACGAAACUGAAGAUGAAGAUAGUUCUACAAUGAGUUUGCGUAGUGAUAAUUCUUAUGUGUCAUAUGGCAUGGAAGAAGAGAUUGUAACAGCAAUUCGAAAUGAACUUAGAGAAAAACUGCCCUGCGCUCAAAUGUCUGUCGUAGAACCUUUGGAGUGUCAUGACGAUGAUGAUAAUCCUUCUGCAUCUAGUGAUAUAGACAAUAAACAAUGGGAUGAUGAUGAUGAUAAUGAAGAAUUGUCAAACCAAGGCAGUGGAGGAGUCGGUAUUUCAAUAAGGUAUAACGUGUAUGGUACACCACUUAGUCCAAUCCAAGAAGAACGAGAAAGUACUCUUACUUCAGAGUCUCUUAUGUCAAACUCUAGAGACACGUCGAUUGCUUCAAGAGAAUCUGCAUCAGAUGAUGUAUUGUUAGUUGACACUCGAACAAAUAAGAUGAUUUUAUUAGAAGGAUUAGGAGAAACAUUGCAGGACGAUGAACGAGACACAACCAACGGUGAUCUUUCUGAAGAAGAAAAUUUGGAUUAUAAUUGUUCGGUCGUUCGUUCCCGCGAUGAUAAAUCACAUAUCAUGAUCGCUAGUGGUGUAGCACCUUUACCAAGUCCUGAAGAAGAAUCAAAAUGGCAACAGUUACCUCCACCUUUUCCAUUACCGUUACCUCUACCAUUAGAGGAUGAUCUAAUGUCAACAAGUUUUGCAACAGAGCAUGAUUGGGGCAGUCAGGAUGAAGACGAAGAAGAAGAGGACGAAGAAGAAGAGGAUGAAGAAGAUGAAGAUAAUAGCUCUAGUUCCGGAGAAUUUGUUUGGAAGCGAUACAAUGAACCACAUGUCGAGCAAAUUCAAAUUCGAAAUAAUUUGAGUAAUAAUGAAAGGACUGUAGAUGCUGAUGUCGAAGAUGAAAUGGAUGCAGACGAGGAAGAGGAAGGAGAGGAAGAGGAUGAGGAGGAGGAAGAAGAAGAAUUCACGCCAUCAGCUUGGAAUGCAACGUUAGCACCCCACCGUUCCGCAUUAAGAUCUCCAGAUAAAACAUUAAAAUCUGGCGACGAAUCGGAUCAAAAGAAGAGUGUUUGGUUCAAGAAGCAACGUUAUCACUGCGUAUACGAAUAUCCAAAGGAAACAUUAGCUACCGAUACUCAAGGAGAAACAACUACUACCUGGGAACCAACUUCAUAUGCUGAUUGGGAAAUGAUAGAUGAACCUCGAUUAGAUCUAUAUCCUCUGGACUAUGAUGAUGCUAACCAUUCUGGAAACGAAGAAUUCUUUGUAAGCAGUUCAAAUCGUCCAUUUCAAUUUCAAACUGGUGACAGUAAAUAUGUAAGCCAAUUCUUUCCUGGUGCUUCUACGUCAGCUAACGAAGAACAAGACGAAGUGGACGGCAAUCAACAAGGGGUACAACAAAAUAGAAUAGAAUUAUUAAACGAUUAUGGCCAUGGUCAACAACAUCAAUUAGGAGAACUGAGACACACCAGAGAUCGUUUAAAGUUAAAUUUAUCUACCAAUGGCACACCCUCUUUUCCCGUAAAACAAGUACAAGAGGAUAAUAUUGAACAAUUAGACGAAACAGAUAAGGAACCCGAAUUAUCGGAAAGUAUAGACUUUACACAAGACCAAUGUAUCCUACCAAACUCCUUGAACUAUGAUAUUUUGCCAACGGUGCCUCUCCGAGAUACUCAACAAGAGAGAAGUCUUGAUUCAGCCUCUUCAAAAAGUGCCCAAUGUGAUAGCCAAGAGAAAGUUGAAUCCAUGGACAAGUGCAGUGUUUUAAUUCAUGACUAACGUAUUGCAAAGUUGAUAGUAAAAUUUUAAGAGGUAAUUUAGCUGAAGUCCGUCCGAAAUAAUUUCAUUAAAAAAAUACAGUGACUACUCUGUUCAAUGAGAUCAUUAUGAAAUGAAUCUCAAAUAUUAUAUAUAAAAUGUACAUGUAAAUAAGACGUAGGAAAUUUUUAUCGCGGCUAAGAUUUAAUCGGUUGUCUAUAGCAUUAUAAAUAUAUUGAAGCAUACAAUUUUUCUUUGUUAUGUAGGAAUAUAUAAAUAGAGCUUAACAUUGACAUAAUUUUUUAUACGAUUAGCUUCAUGGCGAUAACGAAUCAUAAAUUUUAAUCGCUAAUCAAAUCGAAUGGCAGACAAUCGAUUUGCAAUUACUACAUAAAAUUGUUAUGCGAUUUCGUUCCGCGUGUAAAUAUUUAUUAAAGACCGUUCAAUAUACAAUCGUCACCCAAGGAUUAGUGCCUGUAUAAGUUAAUGUUAUUAUUUUCAUUGAUGAUAUGACAAUUAUUCAUAUUGAUUUUAAUUAUUGUUACCUACAAACAUCAUAUUUUUCUUUGUAUUAUAUUAAUAUUAUUAGGAGGAAAUAGCUCUCUACUCUAAAAGUAUUAUAGCGUAAAACAAGAGACGAUAUCGUGAUCGAAUGUCAGUUUGCAACAAAAAUGUGUAUAAUAAUUCAAGCACAAAUGCCUUUUUUUUUAUAAAUAUAUAUUGCCUUUAUUUUUAUUAGAAAUACGAUUGGAACAAGAUGUGCACUUUUAUUUCAGUUGACUUAGCAAAUCAAGUUAUUGAGAUACUAGAUAAAAUAGCACAUAAAACUAAAAAUGCAUUACCGUGCUUUAUAGCAUAUUAUUUUUCAAUGUUUUUAAAUUAUGUUUUUUAAACGUUUGAUAUAGCUUUUACUAAUCAUUUUUAAUGUUCAAAACGGAAAUCUCGGAAAACAUUUUGUGGAAUGUACACGGAAAAAUUCUUUAUUGUGAAUAUAGUAUUAAAUAUUGAAUUCAUGAAAUGUGAAUAUUUGUUUGAAUACGUGCUAUAAAGAGAACGAC